UGCCAUAGAAAGGACAGACAACCAAAGGCGAAGGGUUAAGAAAAGACUCUUGAGAGGUGAGAAGAAAUUUUACAAUGUCUUCAUUUGAGACCCAGGGCCAGUCUCCUCCUCGGUGUGGCCCGCAGUUCCCCAGCCUCGGCCAGGAGCCCCCUGAGCUCAGUAUGUACAGUGACUGCUACUACCCCCCUCCUUCCUUGCCAAGUCCUCAGCGCACCACGCCAACUUCCUACGAUCUGAGCGAGUUCUCAACCUCCUCCCCAAACCCUUACCUCUGGUUCAACGGCUCCGGCAUCAACACGCCGUCGUACCUGGCUACUACUGGCCCGCCCGGUAAUCCCGGCCCUCCCUUUGUCCCUCAGCACUAUGGCAUGCAGAGGCCUUACCUGGGUCCUGCUGGAGCUGGGGGUCCAGGAGGGGAGCUGAGUUGGUACUCUCUCCCCUCACAAGAAGACCUGAUGAAGCUGGUCAGGCCACCUUACUCCUACUCCGCUCUCAUCGCCAUGGCUAUCCACGGAGCACCAGACAGGAGACUGACCUUGAGUCAGAUUUACCAGUACGUCGCCGACAAUUUCCCGUUCUACAACAAGAGUAAAGCAGGCUGGCAGAAUUCCAUCAGACACAACCUGUCACUCAAUGACUGCUUCAAAAAAGUACCAAGAGAUGAGGAUGAUCCAGGCAAGGGCAACUACUGGACACUUGACCCAAACUGCGAAAAGAUGUUUGACAACGGGAACUUCCGCCGCAAAAGGAAAAGGAAGUCUGAUUCCCUCUCCGGUGGUGAUGGCGGUUCAGGGGCUCCAGAGUCGGGUGAUAGCGAGAGGGACAGCCCCAAAAACAACUCUGCCCUUAACAUCUCACCCACAGCGGACAGGAUCCCCUCACCUUCAUCAUCAGGUCCCGCACAGUGUCUGAGCAGCUUCUUAUCCGAGAUGUCUGGUAUGACCACUGGAGCAGCUAAUGAGGUGGGAGGUGAUGGGUUAAGCAGGCCACUGCAGAUCAACGUUCCUUUAGAUGGGCCUCAUAGAUCCACGCAACCUGGAAGCUAUAGUAGCUACUCCCCCAACUCAGAGUGGGUACCGCAAGUGCCAGCUCCCCCUGUGCUCUCCUCUUCACCCACCCACUCUUCCCUAGGCUACUCUAGCCCCAUCCUCAGCCAGUACAAUGGGUCCAGUGGGCAUUUCUACCCUACGCUGGGCUCAGCAGGAAUCAUCUAUCACCGUGAUGGCACAGAGGUUUAAUAAGUUUACCUGUUGGGUCACUUAUGUUGUUAGAGUGGUUCUGAUGUGAAAGACAGUGCACACACAAACACACACAAGUAUAUUUGCGCUGACUGAGACAGUUGAGAUGACUAAAGCAUGUGACAGCAGAGUAAAAAUGCUUUGAUUCCCACAGGAACAGCUGAGUCAGCCACAGUGGACGACGAAACCGUAGUCUGCCUCACUAUCAGAUCCUCAGUCAGCUUUUAUUCUAAAUAAAGCUAGCCCCUAUCAGAUCUGACUCAUUAUUAACCGAUCCUAGAUCUGAUCUGCUGACAUCAGGCCAUUCCACACCACUAUCUGUGAUUCAUUGAUGGUAUCACACUUACAACGCUCAGACAGCACAUUUAGAGGAGUAGUUAAACAAACAAAAGGUAAAAUUUAGACUUUGUGUCAUGUAUUUUGGUUGAACUAAAACUACACAAUCUGAUAUACGUACAAUCUUUGAUUCUGAUACACAAGUGGUAAUUGUACUUUGUAAAUAUGUCAAUGUGUUGUGUAAUGUUAUACAUUUAUAUUAUUGGUUUGUUGGUACAGCUGUUAUUGUUCAAAAUGGAUUCCUAAUGUAUGGUAUACGCUUUCUAUUUUGUGUUUUUGAUAUGAAUAAAAGGUUUUAGAGUUCUA